CAUAUUACUUCCGGCAACAACUUGCCAGAAAUUAUUUGUUUACCGAGAGAUUUAUUGCUGUUUUUAUGUUAAAAUGUCUUCUCUAAAUCAAGGUCGCAAUGAAAUCCGCUUCAACAAUUCUGGAGGAAUGUGUCUCAUGGAAAAUUGGGUUGAAGAGAGAGCAAGUCAGCAUCUGGAUCCGACAAAGCUGACUCCUAACAUUACAAAGAGUGGUCAUGCCGGAGUUCUAACGACCAACUUUGAUGCAAAGCCUGAGAAGGAGUCUACGAUGCAAGAUUCCUACAGACCUCCGCCGAAACCAGCUGUGCGACUUCAUGGAAAGAAACAAGAAAUGCUGCUGCAAAUGUUGGUGGAAAAAGUGAGUAAUGAAGUGGAUGCUGAAUUCAACCAACCACCGGAGGAGGACGACUGGCGGUCAAUUACACAUAGAGAUUAUAAUAAAGAGUUUGAGUCGAGGAAAAUUCCACCUACUACAUCUCAUGAUUAUGUAUCUGAGCAGCCAGUGACAUUCUGGAGUGAGCAUAAGGAUAAAAUAACGGGAGUUUCUCAAGUGAAAACAGGAGACACAGUUUUCAGGAAAAAUGCAGCAUUUAGUCAGCCCGCUGACUCACCUUAUUGGGACAAAACACAACCGUAUGAUAUCGAGAAUUAUCCAAAGAUGUAAGGUGUAAAUAGGAAAAAAAGACUGCGUUGAUCUUAUCAUAGAUGUAAUGGUGGAGUUGUUACUAAUUUCAAGAAAUCAUGAGAUUUUAUGAAAGAAUAAAUUGAUGGAUGACACCAGAAACUAGUAGCAGGCAAUAUGCUGAAGGCUUGUUUGAUAUUUUUUAAAGAGUGUCAUGAGAUAAUGCUGGUUGGCACUAUUUGAAGUUACAUAAUCACUGUAAAGAGAGCAGCUCUCAGGUGAUACUUCAGAAAUGAACACCAGUAUUCCACUAACAUCUUGUAUACACUUAUAUAGGGAUAUAACCAAGGACAUCUUCUGCACUAAGAGGCUAAAAGACUGUGACUUAAUAAGUGCCAAUCCAACAUUAUUAUGACACUCUUCCCUCAAGUCAUGUUGUGUUGUUUGAGACCAAGAAUAUAUUUGCCUCGGUUGCAUUCUGAUUCAGCGACCACUUUUCAAAAAACUGUUAAAAGUAAAGCAUCCGUCAGAGAUUUCCGUCCAAUUUUCAUACAAAUAUCAAUGUCACUGUGUUUGUGUAAACCAUAUUUAUUGUUUCUUUAUAAAUAAAUGUAAAUAGCUAUAA